AUGGGAGAUAUGAAGACCCCAGACUUUGAUGACCUCCUUGCGGCAUUUGACAUCCCAGAUAUGGUUGACCCUAAAGCUGCUAUUGAAUCUGGACACGAUGAUCAUGAAAGCCACAUAAAACAAAACGUACACACUGAUGACGAUUCCCACGCACCCUCGUCAUCAGAUGUCGGUGUAAGUGUCAUUGUGAAAAACGUGCGGACUAUUGAUUCUUCUGAAGGAACGGAGAAGGAUGGGCACCAUUCCACAGGCAAUGGUUUGCAUAACGGGUUUCUAACUGUAUCGACUCUCGAGGGCUACAAUAAAGAGGAAGGGAAGUCUCUGAAGGAUGAUACCUCCGUCUCGGAGACGACGUUGAAGGAGUCUGCCUUCAACCAGUUUAGCCCAAUCUCAAGCGCCGAAGAGUUUGAUGAUGAUGAAAAAAUUGAGGUGGAUGAUCCUCCUGAUAAAGAAGAGAUGCGUGGAAACUUCAGAGCAAAUGUAUUAACGGGGUCUGUCUCCCAGCAGGAAUAUGAGAAGCUAAAGGUACUUGGAGGAGAAAACCUCAUUAAACCUGGAGUGGCAAGUUCAGGCAAUGCAGAGAAAAACAAAGUUGUUAAAAGGGACUCUGAAGCAAACUCAACAACUUUAGGUAUGUAUGAACCUUUUAAAACAAGGAAAAUAGAUGAUAAGCUGCUUAAGGAAAACUCUGAAAAAUUACUUGAAAAUAGGGCAAUUGAUGGAAAAAUGGGCACAGAGAAAGGGGAAGUAACCCUUGCCAGUGUUUCACAGUCAAAAGCAAAAACAUCAGCAAAACUUUCCUCGUGUAUUGCUGCAAUUGCAGCACUUAGUGCUAAAAAAGCAGCAACGGACACCAGUAAAGACCCACAGUCUAAUUCAAGAGAAUCAUCUCCGUUGCCGAAAGAUAUGAAUGAAAGUCCAAGGGCCUCUGACAAAUCACCUGAAUCUCAAAGUCUCAUUGAUUGUGCUAAAAAAUCUUCAGUGAAACAGCCUGAUAGUCCCAGGAGUAUAUCGAGUGAAAACAGCAGUAAAGGGUCUCCUCAGUCUCCCGCAGGCUCAACACCAGCAAUUCCAAAAGUUCGCAUAAAAACCAUCAAGACGUCAUCUGGGGAAAUCAAGAGAACGGUGACAAGAGUGUUGCCGGAAGUUGAUUUGGACAGUGGGAGGAAACCAGACCAAGCUGGUUCCAUGGUUGCAUCUGUGACAUCACUGUUGUCCUCUCCAACUUCUGCAGUCCUUUCUUCUCCCCCUAGGGCACCUCUUCAAUCAACAGUUGUCGCCAAUGCCGUCACGUCAGCGGAACUGGCUCCCAAGCAGGUCACCAUUAAGCCUGUGGCUACUGCUUUUCUUCCCGUAUCGGCCGUUAAGACGGCAGGAUCACAAGUUAUCAAUCUGAAACUGGCUAACAACACAACGGUGAAAGCCACGGUGAUAUCCGCUGCAUCGGUACAGAGUGCCAGCAGUGCCAUUAUCAAAGCUGCCAACGCGAUACAGCAGCAGACUGUUGUGGUGCCAGCGUCGAGCCUUGCCAGUGCAAAACUUGUGCCAAAGACGGUCCAUCUUGCCAACCUUAACCUACUGCCUCAAAGCGCUCAGACCACUUCUGAGCUCCGCCAAGUGCUAACAAAACCUCAGCAACAGAUUAAGCAGGCAAUAAUUUCAGCAGCUGCUUCGCAGCCUUCUAAAAAAGUAUCUCGAGUCCAGGUGGUGUCAUCUUUACAGAGCUCGGUCGUUGAAGCUUUCAACAAGGUGCUUAGCAGUGUUAACCCCGUCCCAGUUUACAUCCCGAACCUCAGUCCUCCUGCAAAUGCAGGCAUCACUCUGCCCACCCGUGGUUACAAGUGUUUGGAGUGCGGGGACUCGUUUGCUCUCGAAAAGAGUCUGACGCAACACUACGAUAGGAGGAGUGUGAGAAUCGAGGUCACCUGCAAUCAUUGCACGAAAAACCUUGUUUUCUACAACAAAUGCAGCCUCCUUUCCCAUGCUCGUGGACAUAAGGAGAAAGGGGUUGUGAUGCAGUGUUCCCAUUUGAUUUUGAAACCGGUCCCAACAGAUCAAAUGAUAGCUUCUCCUACAAGCAAUACUUCCGUUGCAUCGUCUGGUCUUCAGAGCCCUGGUGGUGUGGGCACCCAUACUGUAACAAAGAUACAGUCUGGCAUAACUGGGACAGUCAUAUCAGCUCCAGCGAGCACUCCUGUUCCUCCAGCUAUGCCUCUGGACGAAGACUCAUCAAAGCUAUGCCGGCAUAGCCUGAAGUGUUUGGAGUGUAAUGAAGUUUUCCAAGAUGAGACGUCUCUAGCUACGCACUUCCAGCAUGCUGCUGACUCAAGUGGACAAAAAACAUGCAGUAUAUGCCAGAUGCUACUUCCCAAUCUGUGCAGUUUUGCAUCGCAUCAGAGAAUCCAUCAACAUAAAUCUCCAUACACCUGUCCGGAAUGCGGCGCCAUCUGCAGGUCGGUCCAUUUCCAAACCCACGUCACCAAGAACUGCCUACAUUACACUCGAAGAGUUGGAUUCCGGUGCGUCCAUUGCAAUGUGGUGUACUCGGAUGUGGCAGCGCUCAAGUCUCACAUUCAAGGCUCCCACUGUGAAGUCUUCUACAAAUGUCCCAUCUGUCCAAUGGCAUUCAAGUCAGCACCCAGCACCCAUUCCCACGCCUAUACGCAGCACCCUGGAAUCAAGAUAGGGGAGCCAAAAAUAAUAUACAAAUGUUCCAUGUGCGACACAGUGUUUACUCUGCAGCCUUUGCUCUAUCGCCACUUUGACCAGCACAUUGACAACCAGAAAGUAUCAGUCUUCAAGUGCCCAGACUGUUCUCUUUUGUACGCACAGAAGCAGCUGAUGAUGGAUCAUAUCAAGUCUAUGCACGGGACGCUGAAAAGUGUUGAGGGGCCUCCAAACCUGGGCAUCAGUCUGCCGCUGAGCACAAAGCCCACCACUCAGAACUCAGUGGGUCACAACAAAGAGGACUCCAAGGCCGUUAACGGGACCGAAAAGACAGAGAAGAAAUCCCCCUCCCCUGUAAAGAAAGCAGAGCCCAAAAAAAUACCCAAUCCUGGCUGGACAUGCUGGGAAUGCGACCGGCUGUUUACGCAGAGAGAUGUUUACAUAUCUCACAUGAGGAAAGAGCAUGGAAAGCAAAUGAAGAAGCAUCCUUGUCGACAGUGUGACAAAUCUUUCAGUUCCUCGCACAGUCUCUGCCGCCACAACCGUAUCAAGCACAAAGGCAUUAGGAAAGUAUAUACCUGCUCACAUUGCCCAGAUUCAAGACGGACUUUUACCAAGCGAUUGAUGCUCGAAAAACACAUUCAGCUGAUGCAUGGCAUUAAGGAGCCCGAUGUGAAAGAGAUGACAGAAUCAACCAACGUAGGAGAAAGUGAAGUCAAGGAAGACACCAAGGUUCCCAGUCCAAAGCGUAAAUUGGAGGAACCAGUGCUAGAGUUCAGGCCCCCUCGAGGUGCCAUCACGCAGCCACUGAAGAAGUUGAAGAUCAACGUUUUCAAAGUCCACAAGUGUGCAGUGUGUGGCUUCACAACAGAAAACCUCCUUCAGUUCCACGAACAUAUCCCCCAGCAUAAAUCGGACGGCUCUUCCUACCAGUGCCGGGAAUGUGGUCUCUGCUAUACCUCCCACGUCUCUCUUUCCAGGCACCUCUUCAUUGUGCAUAAGCUGAAGGAGCCUCAGCUAGUCUCCAAACAGAAUGGAUCCGGGGAAGAUAGCCAACAGGAAAAUAAACCCAGCCACGAGGAGGAGGCAUCGGACAAUGCCAUGUCCGACCGGAAAUGCAAAGUUUGCUCAAAGACCUUUGAAACGGAAGCUGCCUUAAACACCCACAUGCGGACCCAUGGGAUGGCUUUCAUUAAAUCAAAACGAAUGAGUUCGACUGAAAAAUAA